UUUUAGUUAUGACACCGCAAUAAAAAGCACAGUUUUCAAGCAACCCCGCAAGGAUCAAAGAACCCAAUAGAAGAAGAACCAGUGCAGAAAAACCGCAGCUACAGCACAAGCAGAAAAUUUUAUUUACAAUCUUUCAAUUCGAAAACCUUAGUAUGAGCACAGGUGAAAAGAAGCGAUUGAAUGGAGAAGCUGAAGAAGAUGAUGAUGUUGAUGUAGAUGGUGAUGGACUUGAUGCGUGGGAGAGGACUUACACUGAUGAGAGGUCAUGGGAGGCUCUGCAAGAGGAUGAGUCAGGACUGCUUCGCCCUAUAGACAAUAAGGCCAUCUACCAUGCUCAGUAUCGCCGACGCCUUCGUUCCCUGUCUACCACUGCUGUUCGCAUCCAGAAGGGCCUCAUUCGCUUUCUUUACAUCGUUGUUGAUCUCUCCAGGGCAGCAUCAGAGAUGGAUUUUCGACCAAGUCGAAUGGUUGUGAUUGCAAAACAUGUUGAGGCUUUUAUUAGGGAGUUUUUUGAUCAGAAUCCACUUAGCCAGAUUGGUUUGGUGACUAUAAAAGACGGGGUUGCCCAUCCCUUAACAGAGCUUGGUGGUAGUCCAGAGUCCCAUAUCAAGGCUUUGAUGGGGAAGAUGGAAUGCUCAGGUGAUUCCUCACUACAGAAUGCCCUAGACCUUGUCCGUGGAUAUCUUGAUCAGAUUCCAUCAUAUGGUCAUCGUGAGGUUCUGAUCUUAUAUUCAGCCCUCAGUACCUGUGAUCCAGGAGAUAUAACGGAGACCAUCCAGAAAUGCAAGGAAUCUAAAAUAAGGUGCUCAGUUAUUGGUCUUUCUGCAGAAAUGUUUAUAUGCAAACACCUCUGUCAAGAAACUGGUGGAUUAUACUCUGUUGCAAUGGACGAGGCCCACUUUAAAGAGUUAAUGCUGGAGCAUGCACCACCACCUCCAGCAAUAGCAGAAUUUGCAAUUGCUAACUUGAUCAAGAUGGGUUUCCCACAAAGGGCAGCAGAGGGCUCUAUCUCUAUAUGUUCUUGUCAUAAAGAAGCUAAAGUUGGCGAUGGUUACAUUUGUCCGAGAUGCAAGGCACGUGUAUGUGAGCUUCCUACUGAAUGCCGUAUUUGUGGAUUGACACUCGUUUCUUCACCUCAUUUGGCAAGGUCAUAUCAUCAUCUCUUCCCUAUUGCGCCAUUUGAUGAGGUGUCUCCACGACAAAAUGAACUACUUCACAGACCAGUGAAAACUUGUUUUGGCUGCCAACAGAGCCUCCUCAAUCCUGGCAACAAGCCUGGCCUUUCUGUUGUUUGCCCAAAAUGCAAACAGUACUUCUGUGUUGAUUGUGAUAUUUACAUUCAUGAGAGCUUGCAUAACUGCCCAGGCUGCGAGAGUUUCAGACAUUCAUAGCCGCCAGUUACCACUGAUAAAAAUGAGGAAUUAUUGCUGCCAAUUGUCAUGUUUUUCAGCUGCCAUACAGCUAUGAUAUUGUCCUAGUACUGGACCUUCAAGCGAAGUCUGAGCAAGAUCAGGCAUACAUAUAGGUUCAUCAACUGAUUUGGCGUCAGAGAAGUAGAUGAUUGUUCUGCUAUAUCAGUUUUGCCUAAAAGGAAGAAAUUGAGUUAUUAGUCUUCUUUUCUGCAACUGCUUCUAUAUGGACAUGUAAACAGGAAGGAUUCUUAUGUAACUUGCUUAUUUGCAGCUGUUGCUUCUCCCUAGUCGGAUUUUUGUAGUACUUUGUAGCAAGGAUAGACAAUGAAAAGAGUCACCUUAUUCAACA